AUGCAGAAGAGCCGUUUUGCGGUUGCGCAGCUGAAGAACUUCGGAUUCCUCGUGCCACAUUUACCGGAGUUUGAGGGCGAACUGCAGGAUCUACUGGUCGAAAUUGACAAACUGAUCGAGAGGAAAAAGGUCGAAUGGGAGGCAGAACUACAAAAUUUGGAAAAGAAGCUCCAACAAAAGAUCCGCGAAAACCAAGAGUUACAGAGUUUGAUCUCAGCCAAAGAGAUCGAGCUGAAAGAGGCCGCCUCUAAAAUAAACUCAAAAAAGCACACAUUUCCUGAGGGAAGUGCUGAAGCAGAGCUAAAUGCGAUCAAAACCAAGGUGGAUAGAAUGCGGCGCAGUUAUGAACUCCUACAAAAGAAAUAUCGUCGACAAUUGGGUACCGAGAAAGAACAAAGUUCUGUCGCAUUGCGUCACCUGGAGGAGAACAAUGCUUUGUUGAAAAAAGAAAUAGAGGAACUCAGGUAUGUGUUCUAUAGUACUUUUGCAACCCUCAUAUCCUGA